GAUGAUUAUUUUAAGAACAAGAUGAUUAUUUCCAUCAGUGAUUAUCCACUUUCUACGGAGAACAUUUCUCUACAAUAGUACGAGGAGACAAAAGAGCUUUGGAAUGGGCCUGCUUGGAAUGGUUCUUCUUGAAGAUGCUGGACCUCCUGGCUGUAAAGGAUUUGUCCGUUUCUGUUUCUUCAUUGUGGCUGUAGCCUCACUCCUCAGUGUCUCUGCUGUCACUAACUCUCCUGGAGGAAUGAAAAAGGAACUGAGACUAACUGGUGGUGAAAACAACUGUAGUGGGAGAGUGGAAGUUAAGAUCCACGAGAGGUGGGGAACAGUGUGCAGGAACGGCUGGAGCAUGAAUCAGGUGUCUGUGGUUUGCCGGCAGCUGGGAUGCCCAACUUACAUUCAAGCCCUUGGAUGGGCGAACUCCAGUGCAGGCUCUGGAGACAUCUGGAUGGAUAAGGUUUCUUGCACAGGGAAUGAAUCUGCUCUUUGGGACUGCAAACAUGAAGGGUGGGGAAAGCACAACUGCACCCAUGAGCAAGAUGUUGGAGUGACCUGCUCAGAUGGAUCCGAUUUGGAGAUGAGACUGGUGGACAGUCACGGCAACCGGUGUUUAGGACGAGUAGAAGUGAAGUUCCAGGGAAAGUGGGGGACAGUGUGUGAUGACAACUUCAGCAAAGAUCAUGCUACUGUGAUUUGCAAACAACUCGGAUGUGGAAGUGCCAUUAGUUUCUCUGGCUCAGCUAAGUUUGGAGCUGGUUCUGGACCAAUCUGGCUUGAUGAUCUGACGUGCAAUGGAAAUGAGUCAGCUCUCUGGGACUGCAAAUAUGGAGCAUGGGGAAAGCAUAACUGUGAUCAUGCUGAGGAUGUUGGAGUGACCUGCUUAGAGGGAGCAGAUCUGAGCCUGAGACUGGUCGAUGGAGUAUCCAAAUGUUCAGGAAGAUUGGAAGUGAAAUUCCAAGAAGAAUGGGGGACUGUAUGUGAUGAUUUCUGGGAUACCCAUGACGCUGCUGUGGUGUGUAAGCAACUGGGAUGUCCAACUGCUGUCACUGCCAUCGGUCGAGUUAAUGCCAGCGAGGGAUCUGGACCCAUUUGGCUUGAUGAUAUGUCCUGCAAAGGAGAUGAGUCAGCUCUUUGGGAGUGUAAGCACCAGGAAUGGGGAAAUCAUAACUGUAAUCACAGAGAAGAUGCUGGUGUGACAUGUUCUGAUGGGUCAGAUCUGGAACUGAGACUUGUAGGUGGAGGCAGUCGCUGUGCUGGGACUGUGGAGGUAGAGAUUCAGAAGCUGAAAGGGAAGAUAUGUAACCGACGCUGGUCCCUGAGAAAUGCUGAUGUGGUCUGUAGACAGCUUGGAUGUGGAUCUGCACUCCAGACAAGUUCUAAAAUCUACUCCAAAAGCAAGGCAACAGAUAUGUGGCUCUUUCCUGGCACCUGUAGUGGAAAUGAAACUUCUCUUUGGCAAUGCAGAAACUGGCAGUGGGGUGGCCUUUCCUGUGACCACUUGGAAGAAGCCCAAGUUACCUGCUCAGGUGGGACUUAAAGGCAUAUGCCACCAUUGUCCAGCGAUGGCUUACUUUUGAUGCUUUUUCCAACCCUUUGAAUCAGAAUGUGUGGGUGCAUUGCUUGUUCUAAUCACAGAAUUGGGAUUUAUCUUAAUAUUAAAUCUGCACUAUCUUUCUGAAAGGAAUGAUGUAUUUGACACAUAUCUUAAUGUGUCUGUAUUAUGCAUACGUAAUAAAUUGACAGACUGAUUUA